AUGUCCAAUUUGGCUCAAGCUCGUUUGAACGAGGAAAGAAAGCAGUGGAGGAAAGACCAUCCAUUCGGAUUCUACGCCAAGCCAAUCAAGAACCCCGAUGGCACGCUCAACAUCAUGAAAUGGGAGGUCGGAAUACCGGGGAAGGUCGGUACCGACUGGGAAGGUGGAAUUUAUGUCGUGAAGAUGGCUUUCCCUGAUGACUUCCCUACAAAACCCCCAAAGUGCCAAUUCGACCCUCCACUCUAUCACCCCAACGUCUACCCGUCCGGCACCAUCUGUCUGUCCAUCCUCGACGAAGAGAAAUCUUGGAAGCCGUCCAUUACCGUCAAGCAGAUUGUCCUGGGUGUCCAAGACCUUUUGGAUAAUGCCAAUGUGAAUGAUCCAGCUCAAGAUGCUGCCUAUCAAGCUUUCAAGCACGAUCGCCCGACUUAUGACAAGAAAGUCAAGGCCCAGGCGAUAGCACGACGUCCCAAAUAG